UAUAUAGUUUGUAUAGAGUCUACUUCCCUAGUCAGCGUUGUUACAGCAUUGGGUAAAAAAAGAUCUCAACAAAGCGUUUGGAUAGAAUAUAGUAUAGUAUUGCAUACGACUUCUAUCUGUGAUAUUCUCUAUUCAGCACGUAGCAAUUAAAAUGCAAGAAAACGUUGGAGCGACUAAUGCCAGUGUGUUCGGCUCAAAAAACAGGGGAAGCCCUGCUGAGGAGUCAUGUUCUGACUGCAUGGAGAUUGUGGGAAGUCUAAAAGACCACAAGGCAAUAUGCUGUGGAAGGAUGGUGGAAUGCCCUUUUCCACCCCCUGGAUCCAAGGCCAGCCACAAAGUGAAAUUAAUAGAUGUGAGCAGACAUAUGAAGAUUUGCCCGUCAAGAGCAAUUGAAUGUCCCAUUGCCGGGUGUCGGUUUAUUGGAAAUGAGAGCGAGAUGGCGGAGCAUAAUUUUACAGCGGCUGAUAGCCACCUCAAACUUCUGCAAAAAGUAUGCAGAACGCUCCGAAAAGCAGCGUUAGUAAAGUUUGAGGAGCUAGACAAAAACUACAAGAAAGUAGAGGAAGAGAGGUGGUCUCUGGAAUGGACAAUAAAAAAGGAGCGUUUGGCGGCAGAUAACCCCAUAUUUUUCAGCCCCGCCAUAGAAAGAGAAAACAGCCAAGUGUGGAGGGCUUUCCUGACUGUGAAGGGUGCUAUUGGCCUUCAGCUUGUCAAAGCCCCAUCUCCGGUUGUCGCUAAACUUGCGAUACGGAAUGGGGACAUAAACAUGAACAUCGAGGAGGAGUUCGUAGCGCCUGGCACCCUACUUGGCGUGAGGGCUGAAGCCUUUGAGAAAUUAAAUUUCAGUUCUGGAAGAGUUAUGUUUACGUUUGGAAUUAUUACUUAUGACUUCAUUAGUAACUAACGUUUUUUUUUUGAAAAUUAAUAACUUGUCGCAUAUGUGUUAUAGUGUUAUAAAAAUAAAUAUCAAAAUUUUAAA